AUGGCGGCAGCCGCUGUCGGUACAGGCGCCGCGGCCAUCGGCAUUAAGGAGUACAAGAAGAAGAAGGAUGCGGAGAAGGAGAGGGAGGAUGAAGCCGCUCGCAGGGCGCGAGAAAGGUCUCUGUCUCGUGACUACUCUCGAGACCGCUCACGAAGGCGAGACGAAGAUCGCAGACGUUACGAAGAAGAAUCGAAUCCCAAUCCGCACUAUGACGAUUACAGCCGUCCUCCAUCUCCACCACAUGCGUCAGGUGGUGCCUACUACCCUCCGCCCACUGGAUCUGGGUUUUCUCAAAACCAGUCUGUCAAUGACCCGUACCCGCCUUACAGCCCUCAUGCGUACACUGGAUUCCCGCCUCCACAGCCGGGCGGGCCACCGACUGCUUCAGGAGCUGCGGGAGGCUUCCCAACGCCAACCCCAGGCGGACCUCCGUUGUCGUAUCCAGGCGGGCCUCCCCCCAUCGGUGGUGGCCCGCCCCCAGCAGGCGGCAGGCUUGGCCCCGAUCAUGUGAGUGAUGACACAUUUCACACCACCACUCCCAAAGACUCAGUCUCCCGAAAUGCGGCACCGCCGAUUGCCACGCGUGAGGAUGGUUUGAGGAGGCAGUCGCCUCGGCGACGAGAAAGACGGUCGGCAUCAAUAUCAUCGUCCCCGGAAGCGAUGAGGUCUGUGGACGCCAUGUCUAUGGCUGCGUCUACAUCUGCUACGAAAUCCGUCACUUGGGGUCCCUUGUCGCCUAAGUCAUCUUUCACGUUGGAACGACAUCGACAAGUCCACGAGCAUCAACUUGAAGAGUCUGCUACAGACAGUGUCGAGGAAGGGUUUGAGCCACCAGUACUCAGCGAGGCACAGCUGGCAGCUCUUCGUCCGGUUCCUUUGCGACGCCGCUCUUCAGAUCCCACCCCAAACCGGCCUAUAGCACGCCGGGGUCGCACGUCUGAGGUUGACAACGACGUUGAGGACUUGCCGGACAGAUUUGACGAUCAUGGACGACCAUUAGAUGGCAGGGGCGUGACCUCGCGGGGCCCCAGAUACCAAAGCGGGAGCUUUGAGUACCGACCCCGCAAUGACGACCAAGGAAAGUGGAAUGUCAAUGGUUCAUGGGCUGCGACGGGAACCGACAAUGAGGUCGUGCAUAGACUCGUGGGUGACGUGGAAGGGUUGGUUUCGGGUCGCAAGAACUGGGGAGAUGUUUUGCAGGACCUUGUAAAGGGCUUGCAGAGUGGUGGAGGGAAUGAGGUGUUGGAUGACCGCCAGCGCAGGAGCCGAAGGCACACAAAGAGAAAGGGACUGGACUACGACUAACGAUUGGAUUUCCUGAUAUCGACUGAUCAACGUAUAGGUGUGUUAGAUUUUCAUGACUGACGAUGAAUGAGGGAAGAUUUUUUUU